AGUCGGAAAUAAUAUUUCGUUACGUUAAGGUACAUUUUUUGUGAAAAUAAGAAAUUUAAUUUUUUAAUUUUUGUAUAUGUUGUACAAAAGUUGCAUAUCGUAAUGGGCAAGUCAUUAGAAACAAAUGCCAUGUUGGUCGUGGACCCUGCUGAUGAACUAGUUCUCGAAGGACCAUUUAACCGUGCCGUUUGCAAAAAAAUUUUGGUAUUUAAUCCAAACAAACUGAGUCGCGUUUCAUUUAAAUUGAAGACGACCACACCGCGGCUAUUCUUCGUGCGCCCCAAUGUGGGCCUGGUUAAGCCGGAGGAGCGGAUCGCUAUUGACAUAUUUGUCCAUCCCAUAUUUCCGGAUACUAACGCACAGCGUCAUAAGUUUCUGAUGCAGGCCGCCGAGUGUAAUGAGCCAGUGACCGAUUUGCACGAGUUCUGGCGGAACGUAAAUCCGUCAAGUGUCUGGGAUACCAAAAUCAAAGUCAAGUUAAUCGAUGUCAAGGAGGGAGGACAAAGUGUACGCGAGCCUGAUACAGGCAAUACCAUUGGAGAGCAUCAGGAGAAAGAUGGCAAUGAUCCAAUGGCAAAACUUUUACAGCAAGUAAACGAGCUGGAAGAGGAGCGUCAACAUUUAGUGCAGCAGGUCGAGACGAUCACCAAGCAAAAGGACGAAGAGAAAACCGUAUUGUGCAAGCAACUGGGUCAGCAACGAGGAAGUUGUUUCUUUAUUUUCCUGGCUACUUUCUUUGUGUUGAUAGCUGCCAUAGCCGGCGGCUAUGUUGGCAAGAACUUAAUGUAAACCUCUCACAUUAAAGCAUACGGAUUAAAUACAAAA